AUGAACUUACUUAUUGGUUUGGCCAUUGGUGAUCUAAUGCAAAUUCAACAAAAUGCACGAUUAAAACGUCUUGCUAUGCAGGUACAACGUCAUACUAAUCUUGAAAGAAAAUUGCCGAAAAGGCUUAUUCGAUGUUGGACACAAAAUGAAUUAAUUAUUUAUCUUAAUAAAGGUAUUUGUAAUCGUGCUACCUCUAUGAUUAAACAGUGGAUUGCUAAACCAAUAAAUACAAAAGAUAUAUUAGAUGUAAAUGAAGAAUACACAUCUGAAAAUGAAUUAUUUACUGAAAUGUAUGCACAAAAACACAGACAAAAAAUUAUGCAAAAUCAAUUAGAUAAAAUAACUGAUUUAGUUAAAUUAAUCGUACAAAAGAUGGAAAUUAGUACUGAAAUAACGACUGAUGAUAGAUCAAAAUGUGAUAAUCAUGGAGAAUGUAAGAGAACUCCAAAACUUCGACAAGCAAUCAAUGCAGCAUGUCAAUUUUCUCAUUUACGAUCAACAGCAAAGGAUAAUAUUUCACAUCAUUCAUAG